AAUUUUAGAUAAGAGAAAAAUGAAGAAUUCAAACAGCUAAGACGAAUGCGACUACGAUUUAGUGAUAGUAUGGAUAUAUUCAAUUCAAAGUCCGGCAUGGGUCAGAACAGCUCCAAACAGAAGAAAGUUGCUAAAAGCAGGUCAACUUCAACGACCCUUUCACUAGAAACCAUUCCAAAUGAUAAGGAAGAAACGCUAAUACCAACAGGCAGCACAAUGCAUCCUGACCGGAAGUUAGUGCCAGAAUGGAUUCACAAGACACAGUUCCUAGAAAUUCUCAAUGAUAAUGUGCCAGAGUUCCAAAGAAUCGAGAAUUUCUGCAUACAGCCAGCUCUGAGUUCUGGCGAAAACUACUCCUCGUUAAUCCUCCGCAUAAGCAUCGAUGUGAAGCUAACUGAUAAAACCAUAAAGCCCAUGUCCUUUAUGAUGAAGGUACCACACGAGUCGGCCAAAAUGCAACAGAUGCUAAAAACAGUAAACUUCUUCACUGUUGAGAAUGCUACUUACGAGGAACUUAUAUCGAAAUUCGAGGAGCUCUAUAAAUCGAAAGGCAUUAAUAUCGACUUUGCUCCACGCGCCUACAAAUUCAAGGAGAGCCUGAAAACGGAACCGAAACUGGCCAAUACGGUGCUCAUGUAUGAUCUGGGUCAGGAUGGUUAUCGAAAUUUGAAUCGUCUCGAAUGCCUCAAUGUCGACCAAACCAAAUUUGUGUUGCGUAAAUUGGCGCAGUAUCAUGCAGCGGGGGCGCACUGCAGAAUUAUAAAUGGACCAUAUCCGGAACUCUUUACGCAACCCAUGUUUGGCCCCAAUAAGGAAAGAGCUAUAUCUAUACUAGAGGGUAUAAUGGGGCCGUUUAAGAAAAUGUUUCUGGAACAUCUCUAUGGCUACAAAGAUGGCGCUAAGUACUAUGAAAAAUUUGCAACACUUUUCUCUAAAAUGAGCCGACAUUUUCUUAGCUUGAGCCAAUUCGACGCCACUGAAUUUAAUGUGAUCAAUCAUGGGGAUUGUUGGAUCAACAAUUUACUGUUCAAAUAUGACCCGAAUGGAGAACUAAUUGAUAUGAUCUUUGUUGACUUUCAGUUGCCCAAAUAUGGCCAUCCAUCUGCAGAUCUUCUCAACUUUAUCAUGACAUCUGUCCACAUAGAUCACAAGUUAAAGCAAUUCGACUACUUCAUCAAGUAUUAUCACGAUCAGCUGAUUGAACAUUUACAAUUAUUGGAGUAUACGAACCGUUUGCCCACCCUCUCGGAACUGCAUAUGCUGCUAUAUAAAUAUGGUAUCUGGGCAAUCACAGCGUCCGUCAUGGUGCUACCCAUUGUGCUGUUAGAUGAGAAAGAAAACUCCCUGGAAUACAAAAGCCAAUUGUACACAAAUGAACGCUAUAAAGCUCAUAUAGAACAAAUACUGCCCUGGCUGGACAAUCGUGGUCUCUUAGAUGCGUAGCUAAAUAUACAUUCCAUUCGAUAUGUCAAACUUUAA